AUGUCUCCAACUUUGACUGUCGUAGGUCCCAACUUUACUCUUAUAACAGAAGGUGAUAUUCCUAGUUCUAUACCUAGUGGUGUUACAGUUUAUGGACCUUCCACCACAAUAGCUGGUGGUUCUUCUGAACCUCCAGCUUCCAAUCCUGCCGCGCCCACCGAUGUUGGAACUUCCAAUCCUGCCGCGCCCACUGGAGUUGUGACUUCCAAUCCUGCCGCGCCCACCGAUGUUGGAACUUCCAAUCCUGCCGCGCCCACCGAUGUUGGAACUUCCAAUCCUGCCGCGCCCACAGAUGUUGGAACUUCCAAUUCUGCCGCGCCCACCGGAGUUGUGACUUCCAAUUCUGCCGCGCCCACCGAUGUUGGGACUUCCAAUCCUGCCGCGUCCACUGUCGUUGGAACUUCCGAUUCUGCCGCGUCCACUGUCGUUGGAACUUCCGAUUCUGCCGCGUCCACUGUAGUUGGAACUUCCGGUUCUGCCGCGUCCACUGUAGUUGGAACUUCCAAUUCUGCCGAGACCACCGAAGCUGCAACUUCCAAUACUGCCGAAUCCUCUGGAACCUCAGCUUCUGAUAGAACUCUGACUAGUAGCCAUUCGGGUUCCAGUACUCGAAUUUCCAGUAGCGCUCCAAUUUCCAGCAGCGCUUCAGCUUCCAGUAGUGCAAAAUCAAGUUCAAGUGCCACUCCUUCUUCAGCUUCAUCAGCGUCUCAUAUAAAACCCGUGUUAAGCUUAAUUGGCUCGUUAAUCUUUAUAAUUUCAGUUGGAUUUUUUUAUUAA